CUUGGGUUGGCGCGCUGUUGGGUUCCAUUUUUGAUUUCGAUUUUCAAUUGUUUUCAAUUAUUGUGACGCGAGUUUAAGUUCGUAAAAAGUGGAAAAAUGACCGCUACAAGGGUGAAAGAUGGGGUUGUUUCGUUGACUCUUACAAAUAGUAACGUGAAACAGGCCGUUAAGUCGUACACAAUGUCCAAGAGAUACAUAAAUGUGAUGCUCAGAGCAUCUGUAAUAAAUAUUUUGUAUCAUCGCCUCAACAUUGACGAGAAGGAAUAUAUCACAAAGGCUUUUAACAACGUCACUUACAAAUCGUUCAAAUCAAAAUCGAAGAAUCCUUUCAUCCGCGAGUAUCACAGUUACAUGACUGCUUGCAAGGACGCUUUGGAGAAAAACUACUUGAAGGAGUUUUAUUUAUUCUUCAUCGACGUGGCUUCAGGCGACAUUUUAGAAAAUUACAAGUUUUCUCUAAAAUAUCACACCGAUAAAGACAGUCGCACACAAGUCCAAAGUGAAGACUUAACUGAAAACACUUGCGAUUUGCUGAAAACUUUACAAGACUUGGAAAGGCUCGAGAAAUUGAACACUGAGAUACAAGUCAAAGUUGAAUUUUCGUACUUUGACGAUACUCCUGAUGAAUACGAACCUCCAGGUUUUCGUAAUAUUUCCCAGUCGGAAGCGUUGAUUGAGAAACUCGGCACUGAGGGAAAUUCGAUUGUGAUCGGAACUCUUUUUACCGGUUUUCACAAACUUAGAUGCAGGGGAAGAGGACAGGUGUUCAAUACAAAUACUACCAAUAAGCGUACACCUGAUGAUGAUAACAACGAUUUUCAAUUAAAUUUAACUGAGGAUGAGAACAAAGAAUUGAACACAGAUUCUAGUGUCAUUGUUGCUGUUGAUGGUGGAUUGUUGACUGAAGACUUGUCGGAGCCAGAGUUUAAUAAACCGAAUUCAACAAAUAAAAAGCGGUUCGAUGAUACGUACAUAUCUCACGUAUCUGAAUACAUUGAUAUUUCGAGUGAUAAUGAAGAUGCUCCGGUUAAUUGUCAGUGUGGAAUACCAGCUUUAGAUGAUUGUUCUCUUGAUAAAGUAGAGUGCAGUAUUUGCAAAGUGAUGUAUCAUGCACCUUGUCAAGGCUAUUUGGAUAAAAGUUUUAUUGGAGGAACAUUUUCCUGUAUUAACUGCCGAGACGAAGUCGAUAGUAUAGUGGAUCCAAAAGAUGUUCGCAAAACGAAGACGGUCUACAAAGUCAGGUUCUUUGUAGCUGUGAUUUACAAAUAUGGUAAAAUACCGGAAAGUCUUAAUAAGCCAUUGUUUAAUCAAAUAAGGAGAAAUAUCGAAACUCAUAAUGUUUUUACGAUUGAAGGAAAUGAACUUGUCAUUCAAAACAUGAACGUGUUGAAGACCUUGUUCAAGUUUCACCACAAGAAACCAGAUUUACGUAAACAAAUAUAAACAUUAAGGGAGUAAUUUAAUUUUUGUGUUAAUUGUUAUAAUUUAUUAAAAGUUGUAAACCUAGAAAUAGAAAAUGUUAAUUUGA